CUCUCCCUCUCUCACAGCGUUCUAGUGUGUCUUGACAGGAGCACCGCCCGCUUAUUGUUCAAUUUUGGCCUGUUCUUCUCUUUUUCUUUCCCUUCUUUCCUUUCUCACCUUCUAUUCUUAAUCUCAAACACUUCACAACUCCUUACGACUAAUGACCUGGGAUAACAAGUACGACGCCGCCGAUAUAGCUGAACUGGAGAGUUUAAAGGCGCUUGCUUCUCGUCCAGGAGUCAUAGGUGCAAUAGAGAAGAUAUUAGAAGACUGUCAAGACCAUACAACACAGACCAGAAGACUGUCAAAUGCUUCAUCUUCGUCUCUGCGUGAGCCCAUAAGCCGUACCAAGGCUACUACCCAAACCAUAUAUAUCACAUCCGGGUACGGUUGGGAUCAGUCGGAUCAGUCUGUCAUUAUAUACUUGCCGAUCAAAGAUGCAAAGAAGAUCACUACGGAACACUACAAUCUCCAAGUACAACCACGAGCCAUACAGCUGGAUAUUAAUGAACACGAGGGCGUUAACUAUAACUUUCGUAUAUCUCAACUCCAUGGCUACGUUGCACCUGAGCAAACUAAAGCCAAGGUAAAAGAGACUCGCUUUGUCAUAUACCUACGAAAGGCUGAGGUCGGAAAACACUGGGCCGAUCUUCGUCUAAAAACAACAAGGGAUGUGUAUGACGAACUAAAACGAGCUGAGGACAGAGGCACGAUCAAUAGCAGCAGUAACACAUCUGCAGCUGGAAUUUGUACUACUACCGACACAACAACAACGACGACAUCUCCUAGCAUGGACGCCGUAGCCCGUGAAAUCUAUCAAAAUGCUGACAAUGAUACAAAACGAACAAUGCAAGAGUCUUGGAAGCAAAGCAACACAAAUCCAUUCGAUGUCCUCUCGAAGUUUGAGGAGCAUCGUCAUCAUCACCAUCACCAUCAAUAAAACACUCCUAUAUAACAAUUCAUCAUCAUACUCAUACAUACUAGUUAGCUUUGCUGGCAGUAGCCAAUAAAAUCUUCUACUUACUAGUUCCGCUCGCGU